GCGGGAGAGCGCCUGGCCCGCUCCUCGCACCCGGCCUGUGGAGGGUACCGGCAAGGUCACCUGGGUUAGACCGCCUGGUUCGCGCUUCAUCUCCCCUGCUCGCUUCCAUGUCCUGCUUCUCCCUCUCCUUUUCCUAGUUCCCUCUCCCUCUCCUUUUCCUAUUUCCCUCAGAGGGUCGCUGAAAAUCCUGUGCUGGGCGGCCCUGAGAUCUGGCCUGGCCCCUUGUUCUUGCCGGGUGGCUCAAAGGUCAUCUCUGCCUUUUUUUCACUCAUGGUGGCCAGGCGGUAAGUUCUCGGGCUGUGUUUUCCGCAAGGAGCGAGGACCUAUUUUCCUGCCAGUGGUGGGGAAAGGAAGCCAGUAUCUGUGUCACUGCUGGAGUUACCUUCCAGAGCCGUAGUCUUCUCCAAAAUUCAGAAUAAGAGCACAUGUCUCUUCUACGCUCAUCCUCACCUCCUUGAUAGGAGCGUAAGAAGCAUUUGAAAUAGUUAGCUGCCUGUUUCUGGUAGACUCUUUAUGGCCUUUGAGGAAACCAGCCUGAGAGCAGAAGAUCUUGGUCCCUUCAAAGAUAAAAACUCUCAGUUUGAAGGUGAAUAUCCUGUGCUCACUGAAUAUGAAUCAGAUUCACCAAAGGCGGGAGAAGAGGAAGACCUGUUUCUCAUUCGGGCCCAAGGACUGCCAUACUCUUGCACUGUGGAAGAUGUGGUUGACUUUUUUGCUGGCUGCCAAAUUCGAAAUGGUGAGAGCGGCAUACACUUCCUUUUGAACAGCAGUGGCAGACGCAGGGGGGAUGCUGUGAUUGAACUAGAGUCGGAAGAGGAUGUGCAGAAAGCCUUAGAAAAGCAUCACAGCUAUAUGGGUCAGCGAUAUGUGGAAGUUUUUGAAAUACGUGAUGAAGAUGUAGAUGCUGUAUUGAAGAGACUGCUGUCCAUUCCACCUUCUGUUAAAGAUGGAGUUGUACGUCUCCGAGGCCUUCCAUACAGUUGCACUGAAGUAGACAUUGAAGAGUUUUUUGCAGGUUUGAGUAUUGCUGAUAUAACAUUUGUUAUGGACCCAAGAGGAAACAGAAAAACUGGAGAAGCCUUUGUGCAGUUUACUGCUCCAGAAAUGGCAAAGCAAGCCCUGUUAAAGCAUAAGGAGGAAAUUGGGCAUCGGUACAUUGAAAUAUUUCCCAGCAACAGGAGUGAAAUUCAAACCCAUAGUGGCUCUCCCUGGAGGAAGAAGAUGACCUCUUAUCCAGUCACUAAAUGGACAAAAGAAUCUGAACUGGUCUUUGAAGAAAAUGAAUUGGGGAAGACUCAAAGACCACACACAACCUCUGAAAGUGAGAGAGAGAAUGAACCUUACAGAGGAGUAAGUGAAAAGCCUGAGGAUGCUUUGGAAAGUGGGAAUUCCUAUUCAUCACUGCAUUAUGUUCAUCUGAGAGGCCUGCCAUUCGAGGCUAGUGCCCAAGACAUUAUAAACUUUCUUGCUCCUCUGAAACCUGUAAAGAUUACCAUGGAAUAUAAUUCCAGCGGGAAGGCUACAGGAGAAGCAGAUGUUCACUUUAAGAGCCAUGACGAUGCGGUUGCUGCUAUGGUCAAGGACAGGUCACACAUGCAGCAUAGAUAUAUUGAAUUGUUCCUGAAUUCAUAUCCAAACAAAAAUGCCCAGUGACAGUGGCACAACCCCAUGGUAGGUUUCAAGGAAUGAACCCAAAAGCUACACUUUCAAGCCAGACCUGAACAAACAUGCUUGGAUAAUUUACCUUGUAUAGCAUCAUAAAUUAAAAUAGUCAGUAUUUAAAGUGGCGACAAUCAAGUCAAAUACUAGAAGUCACAGAAGAGGCAACUGCUGCUGCCAUAACAAAAUGACAUUGUAAUCUACCUUUUUAAUGUUUUCCUUGCAAGAAUUUAAGCUUCAAACAAAAUAUGUAAACCACUGGU